GAGAGGGUAGGGGUAGUCCCAUCUGGCAGAGAGAGAGAAAACUGGGUGACAGAAUUCUGGUCUCUCAGUUCAGGAAGAACUUCUCUACUCCACUCUUUCUCCGUGUCUCUCAGUCUCUCCUCUUCUCCUCCACCCACCCUGUCUCCCUCUCUCUCUCCCUCUCUCUCUCUCUUUCUCUCUCUUAUUAGCAGCUCCCUGUUUUGCGCCUGACCGGCCCGGAGACCAUACAUCAGACAGGUUCUACUGUGUUCCUCCAGGUUCUACUGAGGACAGGACCUCACCAGAGAGUUCCUGCCUGGGUUUAGUGGAACAUCUACAACCAGAGAGGGUUCUGUGGUUCAGUACGGCAUGGUUCCCCUGCUGGGCUUGGUGCUGUUACUGGCUGCUCUGGGACGCUGCCACGGCAACCAGACUGAGACGGAGCCCUCUGAUUGGCUGAUGAGUGACAACCAUCCAGCCUUUCUCAGUGGUACAGACUCCCCCUGGGUCAUAGAGCCUGACCCCUCUCACCCCAUCACCUCCUCCCCAGGAACCCUCCCCCUCCCUGGGGCACACCAAGCCUCUCCUGCUGGAGACAAGCCUGCACAUCUCUCCUCCUCCAACAACGUGUCUGGUGUUCCCCUGCGCUCUCUAGCACCCCCCAGCUGCCUGCAGGCCAUGUCUAUAAAGACAGCCUUCAAGUAUGUGAACAGCGCGCUGGGCUUGGUGAUCUUUGUGGUGGGCGUGGUGGGGAACGGCACCCUGCUGAGGAUCCUGUACCAGAACAGGUCCAUGAGGACCGGGCCCAACGCCCUCAUCGCCAGCCUGGCCCUGGGAGACCUCAUCUACAUCACCAUCGACAUCCCCAUCAACAUCUACAAGCUGCUGGUGAUGCGCUGGCCCUUUGCAGGUUCCUCUCUGGGAGUGUUCCUGUGUAAGAUGGUUCCCUUCCUGCAGAAGACCUCCGUGGGAAUCACCGUGCUCAACCUGUGUUUCCUCAGUGUGGACAGGUACCGGGCGGUGACCUCGUGGAGCAGGGUGCAGGCUGUGGGGGUCCCCAGGUCCACGGCGGUGGAGAUCUGCUGCAUCUGGCUGCUGUCCAUGCUGCUGGCGGUGCCUGAAGCACUGGGCUUCACUGUGGUCACCUUCUCCUACAGGAACACCUCCAUGCAUACCUGCAUGCUCUACCCACAAUCCCCCUUCUUGACGUUCUACCGGGAUGCAAAGGACUGGUGGCUGUUUGGGUUCUAUUUCUGCAUUCCGCUGGCGUGUUCCGGGCUGUUCUACAGCCUGAUGACCUGCGAGAUGUUACGUCAUCGCAAGGGCAGCCUCUGCAUAGCUCUCAGCGAACACCUGAAACAGAGGAGAGAGGUAGCGAAGGCCGUCUUCAGUCUGGUGGUGAUCUUCGCUCUCUGCUGGUUUCCUCUCCACCUCAGCCGGAUCCUGAAGAAGAUGCUCUACUCCUCCCACGAUGCUGGCCGCUGUGAGCUGCUGAAUUUCCUGUUGGUGCUGGACUAUCUCAGUAUAAACCUGGCCACUGUAAACUCCUGCAUCAAUCCCAUCAUUCUCUACUUGGUCAGCAAGAAGUUCAAAAACUGCUUCAAGUCCUGUCUGUGUUGUUGGUGUGAUUCUUCUUCUGUGGUAAACAGUGUGGUUCCCAUCACCCCCAGCUUCCUGCACAAGAACCAUGACCUGGACCAGCGCUGAACCCAGACUGGCCAUGCCGGGGUGUGUGUGUGUGUGUGUGUGUGUGAGAGAGAGGCCACUAUAAAGUGCUUAGAUAAUUAUCAUGUAGAUUAUAUGUUAUUUCCAUAAGUGUUAUAUAAUAUUUUAUAAAACAUGAUCAUUCAUCAUCAUCAGAUAGAUAAUAAAUAUGAUUCUAUUUGUUUUGUAUAUUCAGAUGUAGUCUGGCCUGUUAGUGGAGGCUCCAUCAGUCUCUCAGCUGUCUGUCACAGGGAAUCUUUUGGAAAUAAAGUUAUUUUACU